CUAGAUACAUACUUGUUACUUGUCCUAAUACUUCGUCUUGCUUGGUUGUUACUUAUCUUUAUUAUAUAUUAUAUGUCCUCUUUAUUCACCGUCAUGUUUUGUAGUAAGCUUUAUUGUUGUUGUUUGUUGUUGUUGUCGUUUGUUGUACUAGUGGGCUGUUCCUGACUGUUGCUGUUGAAUGAGUAAUGAGUGAUUUGUAAUCUGACCUUCUGCUUCAAUCAGAAAGAAAAUUAUAAUAGUUUGAUGUCUCCGUCCCAUAUAUGGUAAAGCAACAAUGAUAAUUAAAGGGUAAUCCCACAUAAUUAGGGUAUUGAGUACUCUGUUAUGUCAACUAUUCUGAAUAGAAGGCGUCACAUAGCAUCUGAUAAAGCUUAGUUAUCAUGCUAGUGAGGACUGACCUAUCAUGUAUAGUAUAUACGAACAAUAAGCGCUAAGUAACUCCUGCACAUUCAAAUGCUGACAAAACUCAAGCAUAUCUGUGUCUACGCACUGAGUACAUAGGUUCUAGCUCAUAUCGCAACAACAUUACGAAUUUUUGUAAAGAUCAUUGGUUAACCGACUCUUUAGAUCCUUGAACGAAUCUCGCUGCAUAAAUCUCUUUGGUAGAGCAAUCGCAGAUUACGAAAACAGUUUUGUAUUCCUACACUAGUUUCAGCUUUCUCGCUUUGACAAUAUCUGAACAAAAAAUGACCACUUUCGUUGCUAAUUUUCUGAGUUUCUGUUUAUUUUGCAUGCCUCUGCUCUAGGUUUUUCACGCAGGCGCUUGAAACAUGUCCCUAACCUUAGCAUCGAGAACCUUCUCGAGAACCUCCUCUUGAAUAACAGUCUGAACAAAUUAUUUUAGGUAGGAGUAUUUCCAUCCCCAGAUGUAUGGAGUUACUUAUGAUAGGAGGAACAGUUCUGAAAUAAGAGAGUUCAAGGAAAAUGUACUUCAUGACCAUCGCGGAGAUAUAGAGAAAAUGUGCGAGGAAGUUUUUGAGAUUGUUGUCAGAGCAGAAAACAGGGAUGAUGUUUUGGAUAAGAUUGGAAACGGUGAAGAGCUGUACGGGCACAUACUUAAGUGCUGUAAAGAGUACAUUGAAAAUGAGGGUCAUUGUGAUGAUAUGAGUGAUGAAAGAGAAGAUAAUCUCCAGAACUUUAUCAAGUAUCUAAUGAACAAGACAGAACCAGAAAACAUAUCGGAAAGAUACAGAGAGACAUUCCAAAACAUCAUUAGUAACGACGAUGGAAUGGAGUUGACUUAUGAUGAAAUUGAUGUUCUAAGCACCCUUUUUGAGCCAAGCAAAAAACUGAAGAAUAGUAUAAAAGAUUACAACAGUUCACAAGAUUCCAACAAUAGAAUUGACGGGCUAGACUUUCUCAAAAAUGUAGUAAACCACCUUGAAAUUACAAAAGACAGAAAAGUUCCUAAUCCUUGUGCCAUGAUAUUGUACCAUAUUUAUUCCAACAUGAUUGACUAGAAAUUUGAAGAGUUUUAAAGGGGAUCCAUAGUUAUCAAUUUCAAAGCUGUGACAUUUUUAUUUCAUGAAUCAUUUUUAAACAAUAUGUUUAUUGUUCAGUAGUACAGACUGUUAUUGCAAUUCUGAUUUUCGUUAGUUGUUUGACACAAUAAUAGAUACAAUAACAUUUUUUAUGAAUUAAGUAUCAUUGAGUAUUUCGAUAGAGCUUAUUAGUUUUAGGAUAUGUGAUGUCCUAGAAAAGUCAAGAGACAGCCUCAUUUGAGGCCACAUUUGAAAUUUUCUAUCUUAUGAUUAAUGA